GGUGGACUGAAAAACAGCAAGCAUGAAUGCACACUGUCCUCACAAGAGUAUAUUCAUGAAUUGCGAUCUGGAAUUUCCGAGGAAAAGCUUCUUAAUUGUCUAGAGUCUUUGAGAGUGUCUCUAACUAGCAAUCCAGUCAGCUGGGUUAACAAUUUUGGACAUGAAGGUCUUGGACUUCUGUUGGAUGAAUUGGAAAAGCUUCUGGACAAGAAACAGCAAGAAAGUAUUGAUAAGAAGAAUCAACAUAAACUUAUCCAGUGCCUCAAAGCAUUUAUGAACAAUAAGUACGGAUUGCAAAGGAUUCUAGGAGAUGAAAGAAGUCUCUUGCUGUUAUCAAGAGCGAUUGAUCCAAAGCAACCACACAUGAUGACUGAAACGGUGAAAAUACUUUCUGCUAUCUGCAUUGUUGGAGAGGAAAAUAUUUUGGACAAACUUUUAGGUGCUAUAACAACUGCUGCUGAGAGGCACAAUAGGGAACGUUUUUCUCAGAUUGUUGAAGGACUGGAAAACCAUGAAUUCUUACAGCUGCAGGUAGCAUGUAUGCAGCUCAUCAAUGCCCUUGUUACAUCUCCAGAAGAUCUUGAUUUCAGGAUACACUUGAGAAAUGAGUUUUUACGUUGUGGCCUGAAGAAAAUAUUGCCUGGCUUGAAAGAUAAGGAUAAUGAAGAGCUCGAUAUUCAGCUGAAAGUGUUUGAUGAGAACAAAGAAGAAGACUUAAUUGAACUGUCACAUCGUCUCAAUGAUAUCAGAGCUGAAAUGGAUGAUGUGAAUGAAGUAUUUCAUCUGCUGUAUAAUAUGUUGAAAGAUACUUCUUCUGAAAAUUACUUCUUAUCAAUUCUGCAACAUUUCCUUCUCAUCAGGAAUGAUUACUAUGUCCGACCUCAGUAUUACAAGAUAAUAGAAGAAUGUGUAUCACAGAUAGUAUUGCACUGCAGUGGCAUGGACCCAGAUUUUAAGUGUAGAGGAAGAAUAGACGUGGAUUUCACUCAUCUUAUUGAUGCAUGUGUGGACAAAGCUAAAGUAGAAGAAACUGAAAAGAAAGCAGCAGAAUUUUCCAGAAAAUUUGAUGAAGAGUUCACAGCUCGACAAGAGGCACAAGCAGAGCUUCAGAAACGAGAAGAGAAAAUCAAAGAACUUGAAACGGAAAUCAAACAGCUACGAACGCAGGGUCCAGCCCUGACAGUUAAACUGCCAGAAGGAGCACCAUUACCUCCACCCCUACCAGCUGAGAAUGCGCCACCUCCAGCGCCUCCGCUACCUGGUGGAACAAUACCUCCUCCACCACCACCGCCUCCACUACCUGCUGGAGCAAUACCUCCACCGCCUCCACUACCCGGUGGAGUAGCACCUCCUCCUCCACCACCUCCACUGCCUGGUGGAACAAUACCUCCUCCUCCUCCACCACCGCCUCCACUACCUGGUGGAGCAAUACCUCCGCCAGCACCUCCUCUGCCUGGUGGGGCAGCAGCACCGCCUCCACCACCUCCGCUGCCUGGUGGCGUAGUACCACCUCCACCACCACCACUGCCUGGUGGAGCAAUACCACCUCCACCACCUCCGCUACCUGGUGGAGCAGCACCUCCUCCUCCACCACCACUUUUUGGUGGGCCUCCGAUGCCACCAGCUCUUGGGGGUUUUGCUCCCUUUCCAGUGAUACCAGCAUUACCACAUGGUAUGAAGGAGAAGAAAAAGUAUAAGCUGGAAGUUGCAAUGAAGAGAAUCAACUGGUCAAAGAUUGAGCCUCAAGAGAUAGCAGAAAACAGCUUUUGGGUAAAAGCUGAAGAAGAUAAAUUUGAAGACCCAGAACUGUUUGCAAAAUUAGCGCUUACGUUUGGAACGCAAAUGAAAG